AUGUUCGCCGCCCGCCGUGCCCUCCAAGCCACCCGUGGCUAUGCCACCUCUGCCAACAUCCAGAUCCCCGCUGUCAUCCACGGAAUUGAGGGUCGUUACGCUACCGCCCUUUACACCGCCGCCGCCAAGAAGCAGGCCUUGGAAGUCGUUGAGACCGACUUGAAGCAGGUUAAGCGCAUUGUCGAGAAGGACUCUAAGCUCCGUGAGUACCUCGAGAACCCCACCAUCAACCGUAUCGAGAAGAAGGCUGGUGUCCAGCAGUUGCUCGCUGCUGGCAAGUACAACGAGUUGACCAAGAACUUCUUCGAUACCUUGGCUGAGAACGGUCGUCUCUACGAUACCGUCAAGAUCAUCAACUCCUACGGUUCUUUGAUGGGCGCUCACCGCGGUGAGGUCCAGGUCACCAUCACCUCCGCCAAGGAGUUGGAUGCCAAGGAGGUCGCCAAGGUCAAGGGUUACUUGCAGAAGUCUUCCUUCGUCACCGCCAAGCAGACCCUCAUUGUCUCCAACAAGGUCAACCCCGCCAUCCUCGGUGGUUUGGUUGUCGAGUUCGGUGACAAGACCAUUGACUUGUCCGUCUCCUCCAAGAUCAACAAGCUCAACCAGUUGCUCCAGGAGGCCAUCUAA